AUGGGCAUCUCCAAGUUCCUCCGCGCCAUUGUGCGCAAUGAGGCGAUGCGCACUGAUCCUCAUGAGAUCUACGGCUGGAGGGUCUUUGCUCUGGCAUGUGCUUCCUGCUUCGGCGGCAUGCUCUUCGGCUGGGAUAUUGGCGCCAUAGGCGGCGUCCUCGCCAUGGAAGAGACGCAGAAGCGCUUCGGCUACUUUGACAGCUCCAAGGCCCACAAGACGAACCAGGACCAGAACAUCGUGUCGACGCUGCAGGCCGGGUGUUUCGCCGCCUGCUUCGUGACGCCCUGGUUCGCCGACCGCUACGGCCGGCGCCUGUGCCUCAUCGUCGUCGGCAUCAUCACGACCGCCGGCGUCAUCUUCCAGGCCGCCUCGCCCGCCCAGGGGCACCCUGGCCCUCAUUGCGCGCCGCGCGCCAUCCGCGGCGGCCUCACGGCCUUCUACCAGCUCUUCAUCGUCACGGGCACCAUGAUGGCCUUCUGGGUCAACUACGGCAGCCUCAUGCACGUCAAGGGCACCGCCGUCUACGCCGUGCCCCUCGCCAUGCAGGCCCUGCCCGCCGUCAUCCUCAGCGCCGGCAUGCUCUUCUGCCCCGAGAGCCCGCGCUGGUGCGCCAAGCAGGACCACUGGGAGCGGGCCACGGCCAUCCUGUCCAAGCUCAGGGCCCUGCCGGCGGACCACGAGUACGUCCAGGCCGAGAUCAACGACAUGUCGAGCCAGCUCGAGACGGAGCGCCGCCUCGUCGGCGAUGCAACGACGAGGGCCCUCCUUCGUGAGAUGUGGCUCGUUCCCAGCAACCGCAAGAGAGCGCUGCUGUCUGUUUUUCUCAUGAUUUCGCAACAAAUGAGCGGGCCGAACGCAGUCAACUACUACGCUCCGCAAAUCUUCAAGAACCUCGGCAUGAGUGGGACUGAGUCGUCCCUGUUUGCCACAGGCAUCUAUGGCGUCGUCAAGGUCGUUGGCUGCGCGUGUUUCCUCAUCUUCGUUGCCGACUCCCUGGGCCGGCGGAGGAGCCUGAUCUGGACGGGCAUCGGGCAGGGCAUCGCGAUGUUUAUAGUGGGCAUUUACGGCCGAGUGGAGCCCCCUGUUGAGGGCGAGCCGGUGAGUUGUCUCUUUUCUUUAAUACUGUGCUCGAUCUCGCCCUUUGGCUACGUCGCCAUCACCUGCAUCUUCAUCUGGGUCGUCUUCUUCCAGUUCGGCUGGGGCCCGUGCUGUUGGAUCCUGGUCUCCGAGAUCCCGACCGCCCGCCUCCGUGCUCUGAACGUUGCCCUCGCGGCGGCAACGCAGUGGCUCUUUAACUUUAUCAUCGCGCGUACCGUGCUGACGAUGCAGCUCACAAUGGGCUACAAGGGCUAUGGUAUGUUCUUCAUGUUCGGAUCCUUCAGCUUCGUCAUGGCUGUCAUCGUCUACUUCCUCAUUCCCGAGACCAAAGGUCUGAGCCUGGAGCAGAUGGAUGAGCUCUUCGGUGUCAACGACAUGGUCAAGACCAUGGACGACGAGCCUGAGGUGGCAGCUGGGACGACCAUUCAAGAUGCAGCUGAGCGGCCGCGUGAGAAGUGA